GCUUUAGGCUGUUGAACGUGUCAGAAAUGAAAGCGAUAGGCCCUGUACAUACACAAUUAGCAUCGUGUUGCUUCUAGAGCUCAAAGAAAAACUGGUUACCUUUCCGGACUCUCUUGUUCGACGACACCGCACAGACUGUCCAGCACUCAUUACACCAGAUCUUCGGCGGGAGGUACUUUGCAUGCGGAUUGUAUAGCUCUUCAUGAUCCUUGUGUCCAUGCGUACAUCGCCGAUCCGGGUCAGGAUCUCGGGAGUCUGGGUUCCACUUGCACAUCUCACCCCUCAGCUGAGUGGAAUGGAGGGGUCGAAGUCAAAAAGCAACAUUUAUGCCGGGGUUGCCGCAUGGAAUGCGUUGACGGGCUGGAAGAGCAAAGGGCUAUUCAGGUCGGUCGUCAAAAGAGUCGUGGAGUAUCAGUAAGUGCAAAGUCGGCUACUUUGCUGCUUACCUGUCCAAUUUCCGUUUCACCGCGCCCUCCCACGAUGGCUUAUGUGUAUGCAAUAUCUUCCAUAUCGUUAACGGGGUUGUGGACCGAAAUUCGUUGACUUGCCCGAUAGCUCGUCCUGUGAUAGGCCAACAUGUCCAAUUCAAUUAGUACAUAAUUAACAGACUGCCGAUGACUUAGAAGGUGUUUGUUAUAUACGGGCAGGACACGGCCGUCAACCUAAGCAAUUUCGCCUUAACCGCAUCAAUCACCGUCAAGAUUACUCACCUCUACAUGCAUUAUUAAUCCUUCUUACUAUCAGUAACGAUGAAAUGUGGCGGAAAAAGGCUUGCUUGGUCAUUAGUCAUCUUACUGUAACGGGAAUUUGAAGAAUCCACCAAUAAUAAUCAGUGGAAUGGGUUCUAGAAAUAAACUCGUUAAAUAUAAAAAGGGACUUGGAAGCUCAGACUACUUUCCAACAGUACUGUGCGUUUAACUUCUUGAAAUAACAAACUAUGGCGAAACCGAAUCUCGUUUUCUACGAUAUCAAGUCCAACAUCCCUGGACUCUCGACUUCACCGAAUACGUUGCGCGUGAGGCUCGCGCUGAACUACAAGAAUCUUCCGUACGAAACUGUUUGGAGCGAAGGCCCGGACAUUGAGAAGACAUGCAUCGCUGCUGGCAUCCCACCACUGGAAAAGCGCGCAGAUGGAUCACCGCGCUAUACGUUACCUGCAUUAGUAGACCGCACGAACCCCGAUGCUCCCGUCCGCCUUACCGACUCGCGUAAAAUAAUCGACUAUCUCGAGAAGACGUAUUCAACGACCGACCGGCAGCGCGCACUCUUCCCACCGGACACCCGCGCCUUCCAGGCUCUAUCAGACAGUUACUUCGACCAAAAUAUCAACCCGCUGGUUUUUCCACUUAUAAUGUAUAGGAUGUCACAGAAGCAAUCAGAACGUGCGCGUAAAGGGUUUGAGAAGUACGCUCCGCCGGGAAAGACGCUUGAGGAAGCCGAUUUACGCGGAAAGGAAAGGGAAGAGGCAUGGGCUCGCCUACGUGAGGCGCUCGACAAACUCGCGUCGCAUGCCGAAGGAGACGUCUUCUUCUCUAGAGAUAACCUGCGUUACUUUGAUAUUCAUGUACUUGCCGGACUCGUUGCGAUAAAGCUGUCGAUCGGCGACGAGGAGUUUAAGAAGGAAUUGGGAUCUUCUGCUGGUGGAAGGUGGACGAAGCUUGUAGAGAAGUGUGCAGGACUCAUUCGCGGAUGA